AUGAUUGAUGCAGUACCGACGUACUAUAAAGACAUUGAGGUCGGUACUAAGCAUCAGUAUCUUAGAUAUAAAAAACCAGGCGACAAGUACGGAAAAUAUUAUGUUAAAUGCAAUGAACUAGUAAAGCGUCCUGACGGAACUAUAUGCCACUGUGCAAUGGAAGAAAUGCGUGAGGAUCAUUUCAAAAAAUGGAUCCAAAACAAACGGCACAUAUGCACACCAGGAGAAGUAGCAUCACAACAAACAAUCGAUCAAUACUAUCAAAACGUCCCAGCAACAGGGCUUACACCUAUAUCGUUAGGGGAUAUCUAUGAACAG